AUGGCUGUUUCUUUUCUUCAGCAACCAUCCUAUUUCACCUUCAUUAAUCACCGGCAGCUAUUAUGGAAAAAUCUGCAGCAAAAGCCCAUUAAUUUGUCUAGUACCAGAAACAGACCCAUAAAAUCUCCAACUGCUGCUUUGGCUACAGAUGAAGAGACCUCUGCUGAUGUGUCAUUCCCAUUCUUUCAACCCUCUUCCUCUCCCCAACACACUCCUGCUUCCAAGUUAGAGCCUGCAGACCCAGAUUUCUACAAGAUAGGUUAUGUUAGAAGUAUGCGAGCUUAUGGAAUUGAAUUCAGAGAAGGUCCUGAUGGGUUUGGAGUAUAUGCUUCCAAAGAUGUUGAGCCUCUUCGUCGAGCUAGGGUGAUCAUGGAGAUUCCAUUAGAAUUGAUGUUAACAAUAAGUCAGAAACUUCCUUGGAUGUUUUUUCCAGAUAUUAUACCACUCGGCCAUCCUAUAUUUGAUAUUAUCAACUCUACCAAUCCCGAGACAGAUUGGGACCUGAGGUUGGCAUGUCUUCUUUUAUAUGCGUUUGAUUGCAAGCAUAAUUUUUGGCAGCUGUAUGGUGACUUUUUACCCAGUGCUGAUGAAUGCUCUAGCUUGCUUCUAGCUACAGAGGAGGACCUUUUGGAGCUGCAGGAUCAUAAUCUUGCUUCCACCAUAAGAGAACAGCAAAAACGAGCAUUAGAAUUUUGGGAAAAAAAUUGGCAUUCUGCUGUGCCCCUUAAAAUAAAACGCCUUGCUCGAGAACCAGAGAGAUUCUUUUGGGCAUUGAGCAUGGCGCAAUCUCGAUGUAUCAACAAGCAAAUAAGAAUUGGUGCCCUUGUUCAAGAUGCAAAUAUGCUUGUUCCUUACGCUGAUAUGCUGAAUCAUUCCUUUCAGCCGAAUUGCUUCUUUCAUUGGCGUUUCAAGGACCGUAUGCUUGAGGUGAUGAUAAAUGCUGGGCAACGAAUCAGAAAAGGAGAUGAGAUGACAGUCAACUACAUGGUUGGACAGAAGAAUAGCUUUUUCAUGAAAAGAUACGGUUUUUCUUCAUCUGUGAAUCCUUGGGAUGUAAUCCACUUCUCAGGCAGCACACAGAUUCAUUUGGAUUCGUUCUUAUCUGUCUUCAAUAUAUCGGGCCUUCCUGAAGAAUAUUACCACAACAGUAAACUGUCAAAUGACGAAGACAGCUUUGUUGACGGGGCAGUCAUAGCAGCUGCAAGAACAUUGCCGACUUGGUCAGAUUGGGACAUCCCUCCUAUACCAAGCAUGGAGAGGAAAGCCGUGAAGGUGUUACAAGAAGAAUGCCAACAAUUGCUUGCAAGAUUCCCUACAACUGCAGGGCAAGACCAGCAAAUCCUCGAGGCCAUGCCUGAAGCUAGGAGGACGCUUGAAGCUGCAGUAAAGUAUAGAUUACACCGGAAACUAUUCAUAGAGAAGAUUAUCCAGGCGUUAGAUAUUUAUCAAGAUCGAAUGUUGUUCUAG